AUGCCUCCUAAAAAGGCCACAGCUGCCACCAAGAAGCCCGCCGCGAGGGCCGCGAAGACCGCCGCCGCAACUAAGACCGCUGAGGCACCCAAGGCCGCUGAGACCAAGACCAAGACUGUCAAGACCGCCGCAAAAUCUGCUAGCGCCGGUCGGGGGCGCCCAAAGAAGAUGUCUACUGAAGUCACUACCAAGACUACCGCGAAGAAGGGAACCACUGAGACGGCGCGCAAAACAAAGACUACUGCUACUACCACCUCCACCGCGUCGAAGAAGCGCAAGGCUGAUGAAGAGGAGGAGAAGCCUCGUGAGCCCAAAAAGCCUCGUGUCAUUGCUCAGCCGCGUGCGACAAAGCCUAAGGCUGCCAAGCCCAAGGCCGUCAAGCCCAAGGUCGUCAUCAAUGAAGCUCCCAAGACUCGUCUGAAUGUGUUUGUCUGCGGUGAGGGAAGCUCAGGUGAGCUCGGUUUGGGUACGGCCAAGAAUGUCAUUGAUGUCAAACGGCCUCGUCUGAAUCAGCUCCUGGCCGCCGACAAGGUCGGCGUUGUGCAGGUAGCCGUUGGUGGUAUGCACUGCGUUGCUCUGACCUACGACAACCAGCUCUUCACCUGGGGUGUGAACGAUCAGGGCUCCCUUGGACGCGACACUACCUGGGAUGGUGGAUACAAGGACAUGGACGAUAACAGCGACUCAGAUUCCGAGGAUGAAGAUAGCGGUUUGAACCCCAAGGAGUCCACACCCACCGCAAUCCCUGCGAGCUCUUUUCCGGAGGGAACCGUUUUUGUUGAAGUCGCCGCUGCCGAUAGCGCAAGCUUUGCUUUGACUGAUGAUGGUCUUGUUUACGGCUGGGGAACUUUCCGGAGCAAUGACGGAAUUCUCGGAUUCGACGCAAACAACCGCGUGCAGAACACGCCAAUCCUCCUCCCAGACUUGAAGAAUAUUAAGCACCUGGCUUGUGGUGCUAACCAUGUUCUUGCCUUGAACAACAAGGGAGCUGUGUACUCCUGGGGUUCUGGCCAGCAGAAUCAGCUCGGCCGCCGCAUCGUUGAGCGCAACAAGCUGCACGGUUUGCAGCCACGUGAAUUCGGACUUCCCAAGGAAAUUGUGCACAUCGGAAGCGGAUCCUACCACUCUUUUGCAGUCCACACAUCUGGCAAGGUCUACGCAUGGGGUUUGAAUAGUUUCGGUGCUACAGCCAUUCGCGAGGGCGCUGGUGACGAUGAAGCCGCCAUUGUGCACCCCCUUGUUGUGAAGUCGCUCUCGGAUCGCAACAUCACCCAGAUUUGUGGUGGCUCUCAUCACUCCAUUGCUUGCACUGCUGAUGGCGAAUGCCUGGUAUGGGGUCGUCUGGAUGGCUUCCAGAGCGGCCUGAAGGUGGACGCUCUCAGCGACGAUGCAGUUAUCAAAGAUGAGCGUGAACGUCCCCGUAUCCUGAUUGAACCGACUGUCGUACCUGGCAUCAAUGCCAAGGUUGUUGCCGCUGCUUCGGACCACUCACUGGCCAUUGAUGCUGAUGGCCGUGCUUGGUCGUGGGGUUUCUCUGCCACCUACCAGACUGGACAGGGUACUCAGGAUGACAUUGAGGUUGCUACUAUCAUCGACAACACUGCCGUCCGUGGCAAGAAAUUGAACUGGGCCGGUGCCGGUGGUCAAUUCUCUGUGUUUACGAUGCCCGCCGACCUUUAG